GUUCAUUGGAUUCCAAUUUUCAAUCAUCCGGUGGCUGACACUGAGGGUGAGAAUCGGGUCCUCUUCGGGCUUUCACCGGAAGCCAAUCAACCAUCCAUCAUGCUUCAUGCCACUUUCUGAAAAGUCUAAUAAUAGUAAAUACCCCUUUCUCUCUUAAACCCCACCGGCCACCGUCACUUCAUCGCCGCCACAGACGGUAGCGGAAGAUGGCAUCCGACGGCUUCCGGGUGCUGGACGAGAAGUCUCUGGUGGAGUACAUAAAGGCGGUGCCACACCUGUCGUCGAAGCUGGGCGAUCAACUCGAUGACCUUCAAAUCAAAGAGGUCGGCGACGGUAAUCUCAACUUCGUCUUCAUCGUUGUCAACGGCUCCGGCUCCCUCGUUGCCAAACAGGCUCUUCCGUACGUCCGUCUCAUAGGGGAAUCAUGGCCAAUGACAAAAGAACGUGCUUACUUUGAAGCAGUGACCCUGAAAGAGCAUGGUGGUUUGUGUCCUGGUCAUGUCCCGGAAGUCUAUCAUUUUGACCGCACUAUGUCUUUGAUUGUCAUGCGCUACUUGGAACCUCCACAUAUAAUCCUGAGGAAAGGAUUAAUUGCUGGAAUUGAGUAUCCAUUGCUUGCCGAGCACAUGUCAGAAUAUAUGGCGAGGACUCUUUUCUUCACAUCCCUUCUUUAUCGUACCACUACAGAACACAAACGAGCUGUAGCGGAAUUUUGUGGGAAUGUGGAGUUAUGCAGGCUCACCGAGCAGGUUGUCUUUUCUGACCCUUAUAAAGUGUCUCAAUAUAAUCGUUGGACUUCUCCUUAUCUUGAUCGUGAUGUGGAGGCAGUUCGUGAGGAUAAUGCUUUGAAGCUUGAAGUUGCUGAGUUGAAAUCUAUGUUUUGUGAGAGAGCCCAAGCCCUUAUACAUGGAGACCUCCAUACUAGUUCUAUCAUGGUUACGCAUGACUCAACUCAGGUUAUAGAUCCAGAAUUUGCUUUCUAUGGGCCUAUGGGGUUUGAUAUUGGAGCCUUCCUGGGAAAUCUGAUUUUGGCCUUCUUUGCCCAAGAUGGUCAUGCAAAUGGGGAGAAUGACCGAAAAUCUUAUAAAGAAUGGAUAUUGAGGACAACUGAGGAGACAUGGGAUCUCUUCCACAAAAAAUUUAUUGCUUUGUGGGAUGAGUAUAAGGAUGGCUCCGGUGAGGCUUAUCUUCCAGCAAUUUAUAACAACCCUCAGCUUCAGCUCCUUGUAAAACAGAAAUUCAUGGAAGAUUUGUUCGAGGACAGUCUUGGUUUUGGUGCCGCCAAAAUGAUAAGGCGAAUUGUUGGAGUAGCUCAUGUUGAGGAUUUUGAAUCAAUCAGUGAUCCUGGCAAAAGAGCAGAUUGUGAGCGUAGAGCUCUCGACUUUGCCAAGAUGCUUAUGAAAGAAAGGCGGAAAUUUCGCAGCAUCAGCGAAGUUGUUUCUGCAAUCCAGAAAGUCCAUCCAUGACAAGGUUGAGGAGGAGUUUUGGAUUUGGACUUGUGGAGAAUCAGGAUCGCAGGGUUGAUGGCACUGAAGCCGCUCUGAAGAUGGCUUCGGACAGCUUGAUUUGGUGGAAGGAGGCGGAAUCUAAGACCAUCGAUACGAUGGUCGAGUUGGAUUUUAGAAAAGAGCUCAAUGGGUGGAGAGAAAUGGAUGGAGAGUUGGUGGCGGAGGCUGCAAAAGAGAUUGAGCUCACCAUAUUUGGACUGUUGGUGGAGGAAUUGUAAGAACUAGAGAGCUAGUUUGAUCUUGACAACUGGAGUUUUUUUUUUUUUGGGGGGGGGGGGUGGGGGGAGAGGGGGAGGCAUCAUCAAAUUUCUCUUCAUCCAAAGUGAUUCUUGUAUUCGAAGAUGUUGAUUCAAGAAUCAUAGUCUGACUUGUACAUAUAUUUAGACAUGAACAUAAGCGCAUUUAUUUUCCUUUUA